AUGGAGAAAUUCACCCGUUGGAGAGACGCUGGCACAGGCAUUGCUCCGUUCCAUCCAAUUUAUGCAGAGAAACCUUCGAUUACUAGUUUAAAAUGGCUGGUAAUCUUACUGCUAGCUUUAAUUCGCAUCCCUUUAUGUAUCAUUUUCGGCCUGCUUUACUUAGUAAUAUGGUCUGCGUUCCUAAAAAAUCUACUCAGUUUUCAACCAUCUAUUUCUGGAUUUCUUGAACGUUCGUUUUCACGAAUAUUAUUGUUCUCUUUGGGUUGUUUCCGACUUUCCUAUACGCUAGUUGGAACAUUUGUUCAAGGGGAUAGUUUACAGGCCGGAGAUAUUGUUGCUGUCAACCAUACAAGCCCUGUAGAUAUCUUAAGUGUUUCGUCGUUAUUUGAUUGUGUAUUCGUCCAAGCGAAUUGUAAGUCAUCAAAUGUUCUUCCAGUUUCUUCCAUUACUGCUUUCUUUUCGUGCUUUUCUAGACUAAACUUAAUGCUUUCUCCCCCAAAGAGGGAUCUUCGACCACUCUCUGAAAUUUGCAAAGAUGCCACCAAGAAUGGCAAGGUCGUCAUACUAUUCCCAGAGGGUUCCACCACUAAUGGUAGAGGAUUAUGUAAAUUAACCAAAUGCCUUGAAUCUGCUGGAAGUACUGAUCGCAUAUUCUGUUUAUAUAUUCGUUAUCUACCUGCGGCGAUUACCCUUUCAAUUCCAUCCGUGUUGACAUUUAUCAGUUCCAUUUUACUGACCACUUCUUUUGAAACUCGUGCUCGAAUGUCAGCGGAGCCUGAAAUACCAAAAAACUGUAACAAUGUAACCGACGAUGUCUUAGACAAACUCUGUAAACUAGGUCGCACACGAGCUACAAAUCUCGAUUUGGUUGAAAAGCAAAUUUAUCUGGAGGCCAAAUCUACGAAAUAUGAUUAA